UGUUCGGCAGCCGAGCGUCAACGCGGAGAGACACCAUUUCUGCCGAUGAUUCGCAUUGGAAAACGUCGCACUUUCGACAGAGCGUAGUCGCGAAGAUUGAUGAAGAGAUAAAAGAGUCUGGUAUGUGUACAUCAAAGAAUAGCAUUGAAAUGGAGAAUCAUGUCUUUCAAAAAGCUAAAUCUAAGGAAGAAUACUUGGGUACUGUUGCCAGACUGAUUCUUUAUCUCAGAGAUUCUAAAAAAAGUGCAACUGGUAAUGCUGGUACCAAUAAUCAAGAACUUGAACCUGGUUUGCCGAAGUUGGAAUAUUUAAGUAUUGAAGAAUGAGAAGAAAGAGAAUCAAGAUUAUUUAAUCGUAGAUUUUUAAUUUCUUUAUUCUUCUAAAAACAUGACGACUGGUAUUGGGAAAAUAUAAAAGAUAUUUUUAAUUUUUUUACAUAACUUACAUAAUAUGGUAUUUAUACAGUUCUUCGAUCUGUGCAAAAGUUGCAUAGAAUAGCUGUUAUAAUUAUCUGUAAUGUUUACUAUAUGGUACUUAAAAUAUAGGAACGAUUUGCAUUAAUAUAAAUACAAUAAUGUAAUCCAUAAUAUUGUUUGAUAGGAAGAAAUGUAUUAAAAAUGUUAAAUAUAUUAAAAAUCUCCGCAGACACGCAAUAUACUUUGAUAAUCACAAAACUCAACUUUAAUAAAUAAACUUGUAUUUUAUAACAUU